AAGAUUGUUUAUUUGAUAGAGGUUCUUGGGUGCUGCCACUGAGCUUAAAGUGUUUGUGCUCUAAGGUCACUAGGUUGUCAAGUUCCACCGAGUUGUCCAUUCAAGUGGUGCUUGCGCAAAAUUCAUAAACAAAAUUAUAGUGAUUGGGCGACCCCCCGGAGGAGCUUCUGAUGUGGAUGGACAUCUAAUUGGCCAGAGUCUGUGUCACUGGGCUGCAAUUUGCAAUUCCAAGGAGAUAAUGAGGCAUCUUCUGGACCUCGGCGGCGAUCUCGGUAAAAUGUCAAUGGAAAUUGAUGCCACCAACAUGAGGCAUACCGAAAAGGAAUCUGUCUUCCAAUUAAUCAUGGCCCAUUUUAGUGAUUCUCGCCAAUUUCUCACUCAUGUCCUCACUGAGAGAAUUCAUGUUCGCGAGAAGGAGAAUGACUUUGAGUUCACUUUAGAUUUCUCCAUUCUCACCCCAAAUUGUUGCCGGGAAAUGAGCGUGCUGGAGGCCAUCGUGAACUCCACGAGUGACAUUCCCAGUGAUGAGUACGAACUGCUAAAACACCCACUAAUUGUGUCCUUUCUCACGUGCAAGUGGAAGCACUACCGUACCUUCUUCUUCCUCCUAGUCCUCCUUCACCUGUCUUUCGUGCUAACAAUCUCAAGUGGUGCGAUCUUGGCCACAAAGUCGUCCCACAAGGAAUUUCACAAUGACACUCUCCGGAGGAAUUUUACCCAAUUACCUCAACUGAGUGAUGAUUUUCAGCGACAUUUCAACCACACGAUGCUUCAAGUGAAAAUACUCAAUGCGAUUUCGAUCUUUCUGGCCAUUCUUCUACUCCUACACGCCAUCAUUCAGGCGACUUCCAUCCCACUCGCAAAGUUGAUUUGGGAAUUUGAAGUGAUGCUGAACCUCAUCACAGCCCCCCUGGCCAUUGUAACGUGCGGUUUGGUAAUUAGGUACGCCUCGAGGGAGGAUUUCUUUGGGCCCGAUCACCGAUGGAUCUUCCACAUGAUGAGCUCCGUGAUCCUCCCUGCGUGGGUGAAUCUCAUGCUGCUCGUUGGGAGGUUCCCGCGUCUUGGGUGCUACAGUCUCAUGUUCACCACGGUGCUCAGGAACUUCUUGAAAGUCAUGAUCUCCUUUGUCUUCCUCAUAAUUGGCUUCGCCCUCAGCUUCCUACUGAUGUUUCCACACUCGCAAUUCUUCAGUGAUCCCACGCAAGCUACAAUGCGGACAAUCGUCAUGAUGCUGGGCGAAUUUGAUUACACUUCCACCUUUUCUCAAGAACAUAAUUAUUUCAUCAUCGGUACGUCACGACUUAUAUUUCUGAUUUUCAUCAUUUCAUGCUCCAUCAUUUUGAUGAACCUAACUCAAGGUAUUGCCGUAAACGACAUAAAGUUGCUACAUGAGAUCAGCCAGGAGAUUCGGUUGGAGAAAGAAACGCGAUUUCUCUGUGAGCUUGAGGGCGUCUUCAGUCAUAGUUUUGUCACGGGGCAACCUCUGUUGCGGAAACUCAAGAGACGCAUCUUCGACAAUGGCACCCAAAUCACGUAUCUCACUGUCAAUAGGAAGACCAACUCCCAAGGCCUCACCACGAGUCUCUACGAUAAAUUGCUAAAGAGCCAUCGGAGCCUAAAGUGAGACGUGCACUGGCAAAAAAAAAACACGAAACACACCAAGAAAUUUUCUGAAUAUGAAUGAAAUAAAACGAACUGGCAGAGAAUUAUUUGAGAUA